AAAGGGGAAAAACAUUUUCCCUCCACAUCAUCUUCUUCCCUCGUUUCACCACUCCCACUCACUCCAUCACUCCACAAUUCAACAUGAACAUUUUCCUUCUAUCUCCUCCACUACCCACCCGCUUCCCUCCACAACACCUCCGUUCCUUCCUUACUUUCCCUCCACUCCUCCGCCGCCUUCUCUCUCCUCCACCGCCUUUCCCCUCCUCCAACUCCGUCUGUUCCGCUGUCCUCUCCGACCAAUUCACCACUGACUACGAAAACGAUGACGCUCUCCCCACCUCUCGCAAACGCUACGACUUCUCCCCACUCAUCCACUACCUCUCCACCAAUCCCCCCUCUCAAGAGCCCCUCAAUUCACCUCCUGGCUCGCUUGACUCGGCCGAGCUUCACCUUGCUGAGUCAUACCGGGCCGUUCCGACUCACUACUGGCACUCCCUCCUCAAAACCCUAGCUUCUUCUCCCACCACCAUCUCUACCGCCUACGCCGUCGUCACCUGGUUGCAGAAACACAAUCUCUGCUUCUCCUAUGAAUUGCUAUACUCCAUCUUAAUCCACGCUUUAGGAAAAUCAGAGAAGCUCUACGAAGCAUUCUUACUUUCGCAGCGCCAGAAAUUAACCCCGUUAACGUAUAAUGCCCUCAUUGGAGCUUGCGCCCGAAACGAUGACCUUGAAAAAGCCCUAAAUUUGAUGUCUAAGAUGCGGCAAGAUGGGUAUCCUCCUGAUUUUGUGAAUUAUAGUUUGGUUGUUCAGUCAAUUGCUAGGACGAAUAACAAGAAUCACGGCGAUUCGUCGGUUUUGGUGAGGUUGUAUGAGGAGAUGAGGUGUGACAGAGUUGAACUUGAUGCUCAGCUUUUGAACGAUUUAGUUGUAGGGUUUGCGAAAUCAGGGGAUGUCGAUAGGGCAUUGUGGGUUUUAGGUGUGGUUCAAGGGAAUGGGUUGAGUCCUAAAACUGCCACGCUGAUUUCAGUUAUUUCUGCCUUGGGGAAUUCCGGGAGGGCUGAGGAGGCUGAGGCCGUGUUCGAAGAGCUUAAGGAAGGUGGGUUGAGACCCAGGACAAGAGCUUAUAACGCGGUUUUGAGGGGGUAUGUGAAGGCUGGUAUGUUGAGAGAUGCUGAAUCCAUUGUUUUUGAAAUGGAGAAAAUUGGGGUUUCUCCUGAUGAGCAUACUUAUAGCUUGUUGAUUGAUGCUUAUGCGAAUGCAGGGAGAUGGGAGAGUGCUAGGAUUGUGUUGAAAGAAAUGGAGGCUAGCGAUGUAGGGCCUAAUUCUUUCGUGUUUAGUAGGAUUCUAGCUAGUUAUCGCGAUAAAGGGGAUUGGCAAAAGUCAUUCCAAGUUUUGAGGGAGAUGAGGAAUUGUGGGGUGAAGCCUGAUAGGCUUUUUUAUAAUGUGAUGAUUGAUACUUUGGGGAAGUAUAAUUGUCUUGAUCAUGCUAUGGAUACCUUUAAGAGGAUGAAAUCAGAGGGGAUUGAGCCAGAUAAUUGUACAUGGAAUACAUUGAUUGAUUGCCAUUGUAAGUGUGGGAGGCAUGAUAAGGCUGAGGAGUUGUUCAAAGAGAUGCAAGAAAGCGGCUGUGUGCCUUGUAUAACGACUUAUAAUAUUAUGAUCAACUGUUAUGGUGGGCAGGAGAAGUGGGAAGAGGUUAAGACUUUAAUGGGAAACAUGCAGGGUCAAGGAUUAUUGCCUAAUGUUGUGACAUAUACCACUUUGGUUGAUAUUUACGGGCAAUCGGGAAGAUUUACAGAGGCCCUUGAAUGCCUAGAGGUUAUGAAGGCGAAUGGAUUAAAACCUUCUGAGACUAUGUACAAUGCCUUGAUCAAUGCAUAUGCUCAACGGGGUUUAUCAGACCAAGCAGUUAAUUCAUUUAGGCUCAUGCGAGCAGAUGGCCUCAAGCCAAGUAUUUUAGCUCUGAAUGCACUGAUCAAUGCAUUUGGGGAGGACAGAAGGGAUGCUGAAGCAUUUUCUGUCUUGCAGUAUAUGAAAGAAAAUGACAUGAAACCAGAUGUAGUUACAUUUACGACACUUAUGAAAGCAUUAAUACGUGUUGAAAAGUUUGAUAAGGUUCCUUCUGUCUAUGAAGAGAUGAUAUUGUCUGGCUGUAACCCGGAUAGAAAGGCGAGAUCAAUGUUACGGUCGGCGUUGAAAUACGUGAAGCGGAUGCUGAGAUGAUACUUAUUGCAAAUCAAUCUCCUAGCAAAAGCUGAUGGUGUGUGACGAUAUUGAACAUAUUUGUUAAUUUUGACGGGUGCAGGUCAUAAAGAUCUGUGGACUGCGGUUGUGUACAUUCACAUGAAAAACUUACGCUUGCGGCCUGAAAUUACAGUACCUUUGACAGGGUCUCAGUUUGGGGUUCCAAAUCAUGUUCAUAAUAGACUUCUUCUAGUUAGCUUUUUGUAGGAUACCUUUGUUUGUAAAUUAGUUUUUGUAUACAUGCUUAAAUCUUUCAUUACUUGUAUAACAGCAUCACAUUGACUCAAUUUUUGCACUCCUAGUAAGAAAAAUGGACCAUAAUGUAAUCCUUGAGUUCGAUUAAUACAAAGUAUAUUUCAUUGGAA